GGGGCCUCCAGCUCACCCCAAAAGGUCGUAACCAACAUCCGUGGAUUCUUUUCCAAUCGGCUGACCGGAGUUUCCAUUCCCGAUACAGGUUGCCAUCUUGGACGCGACGCGAAGGUACCCCCCAUGUGAGCUUCUUGGUGCGAGAGAUAGACGAGAAUAACGCAGACACGCAGGUCAGGAAGAAGCUCAACCACAGAAGCAAAAAAAAAGUGAAGGGUUCACUUACUUGGCUCUCUUCGUCCCACAUGGUCACCUACAAUCACCACCAUUACCAUUAUUGCGAUUGCCAUCAGGUCACCAACAGCCAGUAGACGGACGAACACAAGAUGCCCAGCUUAGAAAGGUGCAUCUACGUGACACAACAGAUCGCCCCAGACAGCUAGACGAAUCAAGGUGCCGUCACGAGCCACCUUCGGAAACAGAGACGGAGGUCACUCCAAUCACCUAAAGCAACACAAAAGCAAACGCUAAUCGAACUUGAGCGAUCGCACCGUAAAUAGACUGACCUAGGACAUUAGCAACCAUGGCGCCGUUACCGAUCAUCAACCUCGAACCGAGCGAGGUAAAGGAAAUUUUCUGGACCAAAGUGCGAGAGCCGUCGUCCCAGCGAAUGCUAAUUCUGGUGAUCGUCUCGAUCGCACUGCUGUUGGACAACAUGUUGUAUAUGGUGAUCGUGCCGAUCAUUCCCGACUAUCUACGGUACAUUGGGACGUGGGGUCCGGAGGAACCUGUCAAUGCAAGUGCACCGACCACAGUGUUUACGCCACAUGCACACGCUCACAACGGACAGGACACCGCCACGGGAGUCCUGUUUGCAUCGAAAGCCAUCGUCCAACUGAUGGUGAAUCCCUUCUCCGGAGCGUUGAUCGAUAGAAUCGGGUAUGAUUUGCCGAUGAUGGUCGGUCUGAUAAUCAUGUUCCUCUCGACGAUGGUGUUCGCCUGCGGAAGAAGCUACAGCAUGUUGUUCUUUGCGCGAUCUCUGCAAGGUGUCGGUUCGGCCUUCGCAGAUACUGCGGGCCUGGCGAUGAUUGCCGAUCGCUUUACGGAAGAAGCGGAACGAUCGCAAGCCCUCGGAAUAGCGCUGGCGUUCAUCAGUUUCGGUUGUCUUGUAGCGCCACCCUUCGGUGGAGCGUUGUAUCAGUUCGCCGGUAAAGAAGUCCCGUUCGUGAUCCUCGCACUGAUAUCGCUGAUGGAUGGGUUUAUGUUGCUGUUGGUGAUGAAACCGAUCAAGGAAAUUUUAGCCGAAAGGCAGGAGGUUAAACAGGACACCAUUCCGAUCUGGCGGCUGUUAAUAGAUCCGUACAUUGCGGUAUGCGCCGGUGCACUGACCAUGUCCAACGUUGCACUCGCCUUCCUGGAACCGACCAUUUCGCUCUGGAUGGAAGACACCCUGACGAACGAUAACUGGAAAAUCGGCAUGGUGUGGCUUCCGGCGUUCUUCCCACACGUCGUCGGUGUGGUGAUAACGGUCAAGAUGGCUCGCAAAUAUCCAGAAAAGCAAUGGCUCAUGGCAGCCUGUGGGCUCGCACUGGAAGGGCUUUGCUGUUUCAUGAUUCCCUUCAGUUCGUCGUACAUCGCACUGAUGAUUCCGAUCUGCGGCAUUUGCUUCGGAAUUGCGCUGAUCGAUACGGCACUGCUCCCAACGCUUGGCUACCUGGUGGACGUGCGUUACGUGUCCGUCUACGGUAGUAUAUAUGCCAUUGCCGAUAUCUCCUACUCGAUAGCGUACGCCGUUGGCCCAAUCAUUGCCGGUGGAGUCGUCGAAGCCAUCGGAUUCACUGCCCUUAACUUUGGCAUUGCCUUCUCGAAUCUGUUGUACGCUCCAGUCCUGUACUACCUGCGCAAUAUCUACGACUUUAAGCACUUUGAAAACGAAGCGAACGUCCUGAUGGGAGAUCCCCCAACCAAAGAGUACCAAACGUACACGAUGCAGGACCAACAGGCGGUGGGUACCGAGUACAAGAACCAUCUGGAGUAUGGCAGUCAGCAGGAUGACGGAGGCUACCAACAGCAUCAGCAGGAAACCAACAUCGAUCAGGGAUACUCGCAGAACGGAAGCUACGAUCAGUACCAGCAGCAGCAACAACCGGGUGGAUACCAAAACUAUCAGCCUGGAUAUCAGGAACAAGGUGGAGCAUAUCAACAGCAACAGCAACAACCACCAAGACAUCUUCCACAGCAACCGGUGGCCAAUCCGUUCCGGCAGCAGCAAGAACAACCGCAGCAACAGCAAGCGCCACCACAACCGCGGAUCUCCAAUCCGUUUAGGCAAGGUUUUUAAAUUGUUCAUUGUGAUUGUUUCUCGUUUCUUUGUUUACAUCAAUAUGACAUAUGUAUAGAAAACUGGUUGAAAGAAAGAGAAGUUCGAGAGCGAGUGUGCGAAGGAAGCGAACAAGGGAGAGAUGUUCAAGGAUACAGUUCAAAACUGGAAACCGCGAGUUGACUGGCCGUUUAGAAGAAAUUUGACACAAACGUUCUGUUGAAAGAGGUAUAGAGUAGGACUAGGCGCUAAGUGUUGAGCGUGUUGAGAGACUUCAACGCUGUACUUCAGCUUCUGCUGCAUAAACGUAUCUGUAAUAUUCGCGCAUGGAAGAAGACGUAUCCAAGAGGUAUAGGCGGAACUAUAUAGAAAUAUUUUAAGAGGUUAAGAUUUACCGCCUAAGGAACUCGGUAAGAAGCCACGCGGACGAACCGCUUCGUCGGAACUGCAUCGGUAUCAUAGACAUAUCAAACCAAGGUUAAACGCUCUAUUUGGGUGCAGGGAUGCCGAGUCGGGACAGUUCCAUGCGUGGCAUUUCAGUUUCGGUAUCAUUUUGUUCAUGGGUUAUGGCUCUUUCCAAGCGAUUGGAACGAACCGCCAUCUCCCGGUUUCUUAACAUAAGAUACAACCAAGGUAAAACGAUACAUAUCAGAGCUUCGGCUCGCCUGAAUUUACCAAAGUGAUAUUAUAUGAAUAUUAUUACUUUUAGCAUUGGUAAGGCAACAGUGGACUCCCCAGCGGAGGGCGUACUCCAUUUAUCGGGGACGCCCACCGGCGGGACCACUCUAUCAUCUAUACAGUUUUACGUAGCCAGUAAGCAUUAGGGUCUUGUAUUAUCAAAUUAUCCGAAGGUUAUACAAACAACAACAACAACAACAACAAGAACAGAACAGAACAGAACCGUAAAUAGUAACGAAUUAGUUCAAAACUGCAACUCGAAUCUUUGUGUAAAUUAUUCCUUUUUUCGGUUCGACCACAAGUGUGUGAAACAAAGGAAAAACGAUCUCUAAUGAUAUCAAUUAAAAUAGUUAAAUCAAAUGAAAAGGGUGUGCACUGUGACUGUCACUCGUGCACACACACGUGUAUUCGAACAAUUAUUAUACAGAUAUUAUCAUAUACUAACAACAUAAAUAUACAUAUACACCGCUAAAGAUGAUGUAUUUAUUAGAAACACACACACAGACUCACAAACAUUCACAGGUGCAGCGCAUUCCCAAAAACUAAAUAUCGCAGUCAUAUCAAUUAUACACUGAGAUAAAAACCGAUAGACGAAGCCCAACACAUCUCACCACAACUGAAACAAACUUAAAGUUCAAGACUGGUAAAAUUUACGUUGCUUGUAUUGUAUCGUUUACUCGUACCUUGUGUGUGUUAUAGUGUUAUAGUGUUGAGCAGAAGGAGAGGGAGAUAGGGAGAGGAAGAGGUAUAGCAGUAUGCUUGGUUUCGUUGAAACACGCUAAAUUGUUUGUAGAUAACACUUUAAAAAAAAAUCCAAAACGUCGUCUGGACGAUUCGUGUCCUUUCGGUGUAAUUCCGUGAUCACUGAAAUACGGCACAGCUCUAUAUAGCGGGAAUUCCUAACCUGUAAAGCUUUCUGCGAUAUCUAUGACAAAAGGUCGAAUUUGAGCCCAAUCGUACUCUAUUUUAUGGUACUUACUAUGAGCGUGAAGUAAAUUUUGUAAUUCCCAAAAAAAACUGUACACCGGCAAAAACGAAAAAGAUGUUACUGCCUGCUAUAUGGGGUUUCGCCUGCAUGUUUCGAUCGCCAAGAUGACGUUCUGGGACUCACUCUAAUCGAGACAAUUACUAUAAUUACGAUAGGUUCAUGGAUAUUAGACAAACAAAAAUGUCGAAACAAACAACAGGAAAUAAUGUGGAACCAUCUACAUAGUAGUUGAAACUGUAAAUAUUGAUUUUUCACAAUGCUUUCAUGCUUUAUCCUGUCGUCGUUCAUAUUCAGUUCAAAGCAAUUCGAAAACGUCAUUCGGCAAAUGUUUAUUGCGGUAACUAAAUACAGCAUGCUGAGAUUCACUUCACUCACUUGCAGCAAUUUAUCGUUUGUUCUGUUUACAAAACGCACAAAUUCUCUAUACAAAGAAGAUAAAAAAAGGCUUGAUAAAUUGACGUUUUCGAAUGGAAAAGUGAACAUAUACUUAGAUAGACACCCAUUAAACCCGAAGUAAAUGAAGCGAUAAAUGUAAAUCCAAAAAAAAAACUGAUAAACGAAAGCAAUAAUGACGAUGAAAAUAUAGCCCCGAAGAAAACUAAACAAAAUGACAAAAUGUGGUUCUGUUGCUGGAAAAUUGAUUUUAUUUUUAGUUAUUGUACGUAACUCACAAAAACGGAAAUUCCAUGGAAAUUUAUGGGCAAUGAAUCUUCUACUAUGGAGCCAUGGAGCCAGGCCAUACCAUUUCAAAAACUUUUUCAAUGACGGCGACGAUUCUUUUUUUUUCGAAUGAUUUUAAGACUUUCCUCACAACAACCUAAGCCCGUAACGCCAUCCUGAUUAAUCCUGACCCUUUUAUUCGUGAGUGUCGUAGAAAAAUAUCUGGCAACCCUGCAUACAACAACAAUUGGUGCGGCUCCGAAAAGUCAUCCGGUGAAAUUAUUGCCUGUGACUGGAGACGUUGUAACUCAAUAUCCACAUAGACUAACACUAAGACCAGUGAGUCACGAAAGACCUUGUUCAAUCUUUUGGCUCAGGAAGUACCACACAUUCGGUCCCACGCUUAUUGAAGCACCCCUCGAAACAUAAGAAAAUUUCGCGAACCCCUCAUUUACUCUGUCAAAUUAUCCUGCCGAAUCAAAACAAACACAAACUUUGACAGCAUCUAGUACGACGAUGGGGAAGGCUUAAGGCCCAAGCGCAAUGACAGCGGAAGCGGAACGGCAGUGGCAGUGGAAAAUCCCGAUCUGAGUAAGCCUACUUUUCGGAUUGAAAACUACUUAAAAUCAAACCGCCAUCGGUUAGGCUUCUUGAUGUCAUUUGUGACAACUGUCAAACUUUCCGUUUCCGUUCCGCUUCAGUCCACAUUGCGUUUAGGCUUUUACAGAGGUACUUGGGACCAACAGGCUAGUCAAGUAAAAAACAGAAAACAAGUUUAGCGUUAGACACAACGAAACAAAGGUCAGGCUUGACCAUGGUAUUGAUGGUGACUUCAGAUUGGUAUUCACCGAUAAGAA